AUGCUUGGUGCCAUCCACACCAUUGAGGUCGUCAAUGAGAUGAAAUUCCUCCACAAUGUUAAACUUGGAUAUGUUGUGUAUGACUCGUGUGCUGAUACCACCAAAGCUCUCCACUCUGUGCAACACCUGCUGUCUAUCAAUGGCUCUUUGCCCAUCUUGGAUGACUACUCUGAGUUUCGUCCAGAAGCAAAGGUUAUCCUGGGGGAGCGGUACUCACUAUUGAGUAUCCCUAUAGCCAAGCUUCUCAGCGUAUAUCUCUUCCCUCAGAUAAGUACAAAAUCAUCUGCUGAUAAACUGAGUGAUCGGCUGAGGCACCCAAGCUUCUUCCGAGUGAUCCCCAGUGACGUGCACCAGACUGAGGCUUUGGCACAGCUGAUAUAUCACUUUGGAUGGAACUGGGUGGGCCUGGUCUCCAAUGACGAAGAUUACGGCAGAGGCGCUCACCAGAGUUUCCUGAAGCAUGCAGCAGGUGCUGGGGUGUGUGUGGCCUAUGAGGAGGUCAUUCCACACUAUCUGGAGCAUGAGCAGAGUGAGCAACGAAUCAAAGAGGUGGCCAGACGGAUACAACAAUCUGAUGCAAAGGUGGUGAUGGUGAUCCUCAGACUUCACCAAGUGAAGCUGCUGUUUGAGGAGAUGAUUCGAAUCAACACAUCUCGAGUAUGGAUCGCUAGUGACUCUUGGUCCAGAUCAACAUUAUUGAUCGGCAUGCAAGACAUUGACAAGGUUGGAGACAUUAUUGGAUUGAAUUUCAUCACAGGUAAAAUACCUGGCUUUGAACAUUACUUGUAUAAUAUAACAGUCAAGCCAGGGGUGAGAAAUGACUUAAUUGAAGAGUACCAACACAUCAUUGGCUGCUCUGGCAGCUCACCCAGACCUUGCAGUUUUCCUAUCCCGGACGGUCCCGGAUGGCUCUUUGGUGAGAGAGUGGCCAUUUGGGCAAUAGCACAUGCCCUGAGAGACCUACUCAGGUGCGAUGACACAUCUUGCCCAGGAGAGACCAACUUCCCUCCAUAUAAGCUUGUUGAAAAGCUCCGUAAAGUGAACUUCACACUUGAUGACGAUAAAGAAGAGUACAAGUACUUCAGCGAGGAUGGUGACUUUGAAGAAGGUUAUGAUGUACUCUUGUGGGAUUCUGGUGCCGCUAGAACCAUAGGGAAAUUCAACGUACAUACAAAACAAGUGAACAUCUUCUCUUCUUCUGAUAUCGUCUGGAAUGUUGGACCAAACAACACUAAACCUUCAUCACAGUGCUCAGAAUCAUGCAAACCUGGCUAUUUCAAGAAGGCGUCAAAAGUUUUUUGCUGCUACACCUGCCUUCCUUGCAGUGAGGGGAAGUUCUCCUCUGAAUACGAUGCAGAUGAGUGCCGUGCUUGUCAGAACGGAACUUGGUCUCUGAUAGGACAGUCUAAAUGUGAAGCACGCAGAGAGUCGUAUCUGAAGUGGUCUGAACCAUAUCCCAUUGCUCUGCUGGUGGCUGUUGGCAUUGGACUGCUUUUUCUCUUGAUAUGCUUUGUGUGUUUCAUCGUCAAACGGCAUGCCUUAAUUAUCAAAGCCUCCAAUCUCCUCAUGUCUUGCUUCAUGAUGUUCGGCCUGGCGGUCAGUUUUGGCAGCGUGGUCCUGUUCAUGGACAAACCCAGCAGACCACUUUGUCAAGCCCAGCAAGCCUUGUACGGACUGGGCCUCACUCUCUGUGUCUCUUGCAUUCUGGUCAAAGCCUUCCGCACAUUCCUGGCCUUCAUGGCAUUCGACCCUGUGCGACGUGAUAGACUGAGCAAGCUCUACAAGCCAGUGGUCAUCAUGGUCCUGUUGACCAGUGUCCAGGGGUUCAUCUGCCUUUUCUGGCUGAUCUUUGACAGCCCAGGUGUAGAUCCAACACCCCCAUCCAACCAGAGCAUGGUGCAUGUUUUGCAGUGUAGCGAGGGCUCGAAAAUAGGUUUCGGAGUCAUGCAUGGCUACAUCGCCUUGUUGGCGCUCGUUUGCUUCCUGCUAGCGUUCAAAGGAAGAAGGGUUCCGCACGAUUUCAACGAGACAGGGGUCAUCAUCUUCAGCAUACUCAUCCACUUGUUCGUGUGGCUCUGCUUCAUUCCCAUCUACAUCACCAAGAACGAGUCGCGUCCCAUCGUGCAGGCCUCAGCCAUCCUGGUCUCCAACUACGGAAUCAUAUUCUGCCUCCUCGUGCCCAAGUGCUACCGAGCCAUAUUUGGCAGAAACACUGCAGAGAAGAUAAGGAAGCGUCUGCGAAAUUUCACAGACCUCCCGCCUUCUGUGGAGCCCUCUCCUCUGGCAAUAGGGGAGGGGGAAGACAAUCGGUCCGCAUCCAUGACUUUUGGUCCUCGUCCGUUCCCAGAUUCAACAGAUUCUGGGAUUAUAAAUGGCAGUAUCUCACACUGGGGACGCAUGUCAUCCAUCUGGGAGACAGGAACCAGCGCUUCCAUCAGCACAAAUGGAGGAAUGACAAAUCGGAUCCAUAUGUGUGCCCGGCCUGAGAGCCUGUGA